AUGCAAAGAGCUACUUCAUGGCUGCCAUCAUGGGAUAGGACGAAAACUACCAGUAAGAAAGGUUUUGAUAAGUCUUGGGCAUGGGCAGAUAAAUUGGGUGCUCCGGUCAAUCGAUUGACAAACAAAAUUGGUUCCGAAGCCUUUUGGCCAACUUCUUUAGACAAGGAAUGCGACAAAGCUGCUCGCAUUUUGAAAACAUUUUGCAAGGAUGGAUUUUAUACUGAAGAAGACCGACCAUCGAUUCAAGAUGGUCCGAAUGCGAAUAUUAAACAAAGAGUUAUGAAAAAGAUACCACAAAAAGUUAUUGAAAAUGCGAUCGGUUUGGCUAUAUUCACAACUAUGCGAACUGGUUUAUGGAUAUCGGGAGCUGGAGGAUCGGGAAUUUUAAUCGCAAGGAAAGAGGAUGGUACUUGGUCGCCCCCUUCUGGAAUCUUAUUACAUACUGCAGGUCUGGGAUUUUUGGUCGGUGUCGAUAUUUAUGAUUGUGUCGUCGUCAUCAACAAUCGCAAAACUCUCGAAUCAUUCACGAAAAUAAGAGCGACUAUAGGAGGCGAGAUCAGUGCCGUGGCGGGUCCUGUCGGAGUAGGAGGAGUUUUAGAGAAUGAUGGAAAGUGGAAACAAGCUAAUAAGCCUGUAUUCACUUACUUGAAAUCUCGUGGCUUUUACGCAGGUGUGCAAGUGGAUGGGACGGUCAUUAUUGAAAGAUCAGACGAGAAUGAGCGAUUUUAUGGAGAAAGAAUUGGAGUUGCGGAUAUUUUGGCUGGAAAAACUCGAUCUGUACCAUUCGAAACGAAAUUACUCAUGGAAACAGUCAAGGCUGCAGAGGGUAGGGCAGAUGUGGAUACAACGAUAUUGAAUCAACUUGUAGAUGAACCCGCACCCGGUGAUGUAGAUCUACAAGCCCCUACCUCAAUGAUACCAAUAUUUGGUAUACCUGAACCCGAUGACCCGGAUCCUUUCGGAGUUUUGGCAUUAGAAGAUGCGGGACUUGAGAUUCGCGAAGCAGGAACCAAAGCUCGACCAGUUAGCUCACAGUUUGAAUAUAAUCCGGCCCCAUCGAGUCCGGUAUGGACCAGAUACAACAGGCGGAGUUUCGAUACUCAAGGUGGGAGGAGUAAUAGAGAAAGUUACAUGUCAGGGAAAAGAAGGACAAGUACAGAUCGAGCAACACAAACUGAAAUGGGCACGCAAACGGACGAUUCAUUAUCGAUCAGAUCACCUCGGAACUUAUCACCCAGUAUGAGUCCGAGUCACAGCGAAGAUAAUGACAAGAUUUUAGAAGAAGAAGAAAAGGCAAUCGUGUUAGAACCGGAAGAAGUCGACUAUACGAAAAUCGACCUAGGACCAUAUCAAAGCUUGAAUCAUAGUCAAGAAUUCGACGGCACGACAGUGAACGGCAGUCUCCCCAAUAGCGAUGCAAUCGAUGAGAAACGACAAGAUUCGUUCAAUUCGAUGGACGAAAUCUCGGACGAUGAAGACUUUGAGGAAGAAGAACCUGUAGUUUUCGAGGCUGCUUCGGCACAAGCUACAGUCUUUACACAACAAACGAUCAAGGCGAGGGGCGGAGUUGUAAAUAUCCCAAAGAGAGGUCCACCACCACCAUUACCUCCAAGAAAUUCAAUGAGAAACAGCAAAUUUUCUAUUGCUACUUUAAGCCCUAAUAGAAGCCCAUCAAAGGAAGGGUUUGAAGAGGUCGAUGUACAUGGUGUUGAGAGUAGUAAUAUUAAGAGAAGUAGCUUGGAACAAGCUAGCAUGACACCACUUCCUUCCAGCCCGAAUAGGCAGAGCUUCGAGCAAUCUCAAGCCAGCAUGGUCUCACUUCCAUUUAGCCCAAAACAGAAGAGUUUUGAGCAAACUCCUAUAGUUGUGGAGGAUUUGGGCCAAGAUGAGUUAUUGUCUCAUGAGUCAGUUGUUAAGGAGGAACAUGAGAACAUCAAAUCUGCAGAUGAACAGCCGGGCUUUGUCGAGAAAAUCGAAUUACUCGAUGAAGAACAUUCCGCGGAGAGACCUACCCUUACUAAAGAAAACGCUGAAUCUUUUCACUCGGUUUCUGUGAAUAUUCCCGGGGGAUGGAACUAA